AUGCCGCAGCAACCACAACAGAGAUAUCCGGAUUUGCUUACUCAACAACCACCGAUCCGCAAACAAUGCCGCAAUAUAUCGGAGCCGAGGGACCCAAAGGAUGAUUGGAUGGGCGUCACUGACUCCAGAGACAGGAGGAGACGACAGAAUCGUCUCAACCAAAGAGCUUAUCGCAAGCGGAAAGCUCGGGACAGUAUCCACGAUGAUUCGAAAACAACCUCUGAAGGUAUCCUCAUCUUGCCGACACCUCGCGACCGUGCGAUAGCCUAUGCUUUCAUGCAACUUGUCCAAGUGCAGCACAGUCUGAAUUCUCACCGUCCAGCGAUACUACCAUCACUUAUUCGUCUCAAUGCCGUCAAUGCGGUAUCAAAAAAUGCUGUACACAUUGGCAUUCCACUUGAAGGUCUAUGCUGCGACGAUGUGACGUCUCCAUGGAGCAUCAAGACUUUUGGUCCUCUAGAAUCUACCAUUAUUCCUCUCUCAUGUCCCGAGUCUUUGUGCCCUACAAAACUACAAACCGAGAUUGAGCACCAUCCUUGGGUUGACCUGCUACCCAUUCCGCAAUUGAGAGAUAAUAUGCUAAGGGCGUACACGGGCGGUAUCAUCGACGAGGAUGAGCUGUGUUUCGAUAUCCUUGGACUUACAUGCAGUCAAGGCUUGGACGAUGCGUUUCUUAUUGUCUGGGGGGAAUCACACGAUGCAGCAAGUUGGGAGGUGAGCGUGGGAUUUCUCAAGAAAUGGGGAUGGUUAUUGAAAGGUUGUCCCGAGUUGGUCGAGUCUACCAACAGAUGGCGACAAAAAAGAGGUGAGUCGACACUGAAUAUUCUGAUCUAA